CAGUGUCAAGUGAAUGUCAAAUUAUCAAAACAGAAUCGGAGGAUUCAGAGGUUAUGUUGUUAAUUAGUAAAUUUCUCAAAAUAAAUAAAAUUUAAUUGUUUCUUGUAUUGGAAGCUCGUAAAACCACAAACCAUGUUAACUGUACGUGCUUUUUCUUCCAACAAUAUUUCUAUCAUAAAUAUAAUUAAGGUUUUUGCAAGUACAGAGGCCUCUUCUAAAACUAUGCAAAUUCCGAAUCCUAAGAAAAUAUCUACAGACAUGAUAGGUCCCGUGGAUCCUGUAUCAAAUUUACGUCGUAUCAUAUUUAAACAGCCUCCAAAAGAGAGUGACCUUGAGAAAAGAUACAGAUUGCUGAGAAGUGAAGUGCAGGAGUGGAACCAAACAUUUUGGACUCAACACAACACCAGAUUCUUCCAGGAGAGAGAAGCUUACCUGAAAAAGAACCUCCCAGAAGGACAACAGAACUUGACAGCCGAUGAAAUGAGUGUCUUCUACAAAGAAUUCCUAGACAAAAACUAUAAGGCUCAUACUAACUACAAUGUUGAAUGGUACCGAAAGAAUUUUACACUGCUAGGUUUAGCCAUCAAAAUAAAGUUUGCAAAUGUUUUAUAUAAAUUAAAAUUAGUACCAUUUUAAAUGUUUAUAAUGU